CUUUGAGGCUGCUGGAGUCUGAUGCAUGUUGACUUCACCGGACGGAGAUUAAAGCUUUGGGGACUUUGACGUAAAUGGUGACACAGAGAGACCCUGAGGAGCUGCAGCUCUUCCUGUCGCCCUGCUCCGUUUAAAGGAACAUUCUCUCUAAAACGUUGGUGGGCUGCAGACUCUGUGGGCUUAGUAAGAAUAAUCAUUUCAUUUAUAAAGCGCUUUCAAUCAAAGUGCUGUACAGGCAGAUUAAAAACACAUUAAUAAAAAAAUAACUCUCGAAACAAAGCAAAGGGAAAACAAGUGGGCCUUUAGCUUUGCUUUGAUCCACAGAGCAUGCCUGUCUUUACAUCCAGAAGACCAAAGUUCAGGUUCGUGAAAAGGGAAAGCUCGCUCACCUACAGUCUAUUUCCUGACUUUAGGAAACAUCAAAAGGCCAAUUCCCUGAGAACAGAGAGCACGAGAAGGUACUUACACCUGAAGAUAAUUUAAAUACGCAGGCGCAAGUCCUAUAUGUUAGCAAGAGCACCUUGAAGUCAGCUCCAACCUGACAAGAAAGCCAACAAAGAGAGGCCAACACUGGGGUAACAUGCUCAUAUUACCCCACAGUGGUCAAGAUACCACCAUCUGCAGAACUCUAAAAGUUUUUUGAGGCAGUACAGACUGAGGGCAUUGUAUUAGUCCAAGCGAAAUGUUACAAAUAAAUGGAUCAGGACUUCAGCAUCCUUGUAAGACAGGGUUGACCCGAUCUUAGCAAUUCUUCUGAGCUGACAAAAGGACGCUCUAGACACCUACUUAAUAUGCUUGUUAGAUACAAGGGUCUGAUUUAAAAACACCACCAAGGUUUUUCAUUUUGUCGGUACAUUAUACAACACAGUCAUCAAAAGACAGAGAAACAUUUUCAAAGAAGAUGACUUGAUGACGUCCAAUGAUCAUCAUCUGUCUUUGCAGAGUUGAGGAACAAGAAAUUCUCCAAGAAUCAAUCUUUAACAGCUGAAAGACAGACACCAUGUUUGAUCUAAUUGCAGACUGAAAGGUCUCCAACAGAUCAUUUCAUUACUGGAUGAGCUGCUUUGAGAAAACUUUCUCAAACACAUUUGCUAAAAAAGCAGAGUUUGAAAUAGGUCUGUAAAUUAAUGAAGAGUCAGCAUCUAGUCCAGACUUCUUUAAUGAAGGUUUAACCACUACUGACUUAAAACAUGCAGAGAAAAGAAAGGGACUUAUUUAAAAUAGUUCAAAUGUAUGGGACCAAAGAUCCUUUAUAACCCAUGGUGGAAAAGGAUCCAGAGAACAGGUUUUUGAGCGUGCUGAAAUAACAAUGUUAGACAAAUCAGACAAUGAAGGGAACCCAAAAUCAGGUAACCCUCGUCCACUGCUAAUAGGAGCAGCAGCAAGUUAAUAUCACCAGGUGGAACCUGAGGAAUUUCCACUCUGAUGUCCUCAACCCUGUCGUUAAAAAACCAAAGAAAAUCUUAAUACAAAUAUGUGUAUAUUUGUUGUUUCCAUGAGUUUUAUGUCCAUCUUUCUUGUUAAAAGAUUUAUAGCUCUAAUCAGAACUGUCAGUUUUACCGGAGUCUCUGUAAAGUCAUACAGCCUGAAAUUUUAUCAUCUCAGUUUUGUGACAUAAUGUCCUAAAUUUGUCCAGAUUUUUCAUAAAGGUUUUUAAAUUUAAAUCACGUGGUUAUUAAAAGACCUUAAAAGUAAUGCUCUAAAACUUCCAGUAACGCUGAUUAAGGCUGGUAGAAGUUAAAGAAACGCCAGCAGCUUUAAGCGUAAACAUCAGAGAAUCGCUGCAGUGUAAUCCUCAGACGUUGAUUCAGCUGAUAAUGUGGGAAAGCAGGAGAUUUCUAGUUGGACAGCAACGUUUCCAACUGGACUGGGCUGUGAUCAACAGCAUUUAGACCUCGGUGUUCUGUGUAGAAGAAGAAACCUCUGCUGAUUCCUGUCUCAGAGUAUAGAUGAGUCGCAGACAAAUGAUUCACUUUGGACAAAAGGUGAAAAUCCUCCCGUCACUUCCUGUUUGACGGAGCAGAGUUCCUGUCCUCUGCUGACCUAGGAGGUGAGCUUCCUGAUUGUCUCGUUAUCGAAGUAAAUAUUGUCAGGGUGACGUCAGAACCGCUCGUGUUCAGUAUAAACUCUCCAGACUGAAGCUCAGCCUCAGUAUCCAGCAGGCAGGCGGAGCUCAGCUAACAAUAGAGCCUUCAGCAUCCAUCGCCGUCGUGUCCGAGUCCGUCAGCACCAUGGUCAGCAGCAGGAUUCUGCUCCUCAGUGCCUCUUAUUGGCUGCUGGUGGCUUUGGGAAGCUGUGAUGAGCUGAUAGAGGAGCGAUCACCUGAGUACGGCGUUAUCAAGACUGAGGAGGAGAAGGAGCUGAUUGAAGCUCUGCAGGAAGUUCUGGAGAAGCUGAAGAACAAACAGCUGCCGCCAUCAGAGAAGAAGCUCGGCUGGCUUCCACCUUGUGAUGCCAGUGAGCAGUGUGCGGUGCGUAAAGGGGCGAGGAUCGGGAAGCUGUGUGGAUGUCCCAGAGGAACGUCCUGUAACUUCAGUGUCCUCAAGUGUGUUUAGAGCUGAGAUAGAAAAAUGGUGUAGAUCAAACACGGAAAAUAAACUUUUAAAAAACUUUUUACA